GCGAGCGUCGAUCGAAUCGGUCCGACGAAUCUUCGAGUUCUCGACGAACGUUUGCGGACGACGCAGACGGAAGCGGACGGAACGGUGAUCCCGGGAAAAACUCGAUACGAGGGAACUUUUUGCUAUGGCACAAAAACGAGAUUCGCUUUCGAUAGAAGUACUCGCGCGUACCGUCCGAGAAGUAGCGUUCGUAACGCGUGAAUCGAUCAACGUUAACGUGAUGUCAUUCUUUUUUGCGCUACGACCGCGUCGAAACAACAACUCGAGUGAAUGGUGCACGAUGACUCGCUUGGCCCGUGGGGCCAAAUUAUCAUCAUCGCGGUAGCCGUGGUAGGCGUGCUAGCCAUCGGUGCCAUCGUGAUCGUGGUCCUGUGCUUCGCGAUUCCGGGAUGUCUUGGAUACGACUGCAUCAAGAGACGAAGGAGGGAAGCAAAAAAUGUGCCGUUGCGUGCUAAAAGCGGAGGAAAUGAAAACUUGAAGUUGAACGAUGUCAGCUACAGGUCAUGGAGAUUGGGUAGCCUCUACGAAGACAGCAACAAUGGUACGAUCAACGAGAACGCAGCCACGAACCAACCACCUUCUUGGAACUCUAGCAAUCCGCAACUCGACUACACCAAUUCCUCGUCUACUCUGAACCUGGUGCAAAAGACCAAGCAAAAACCAGACAAGAAACAAAGGGAAUUCCCGACGGAGGUGACGUUGAGCUUGCAGUAUCUACCGCCUUACGACGAAGCUGUUACAGGGAAACUUGUCGUUGGCGUCGAGGCGGUGUCCGGUCUUCCUCCAAAACAAUACAACUGUACGUUGGAGCCAUACGUGACUCUGAACAUUAUGAAGCAAUCCUGGAGCCACAGGAAACGGCAAAAGUUGCACAGUUUCCGAACGAGAGGCGUCAGGCAUACGGCUAGUCCCAUUUUUAAAGAGACUUUCGUCGUUGCAAACGUAAAGCCCCACGAAGUUAAGGAAUGGAUCCUUGAUUUAGCGGCGCACGAUCACGAUAGGUACGCCAACGACACGGAAUUGUGUACCUUAAAGAUACCGAUAAAGGAGCUGAAGCACAUUUUGCAAAGUCCGGAGAUCCACAUGUUCAACUUCAAGAUGAAACCGUCCAAUUUGGAGUUUGGAAAUAUUUUAUUAGGUAUAAGUUACUUACCCACAGCUCAGAGACUGACGAUAAAUGUUAUGAAAGUGCGCGACGUGAAGUUUACACCGGCGGUGUCGAGUUUAAAAGACUUCAAUCCGUAUGUCAGAGUAUUGAUGCUAAAUGCCAGAACAGGACAGAAAAUAAAGAAAAAGAAAACGAAAUUUGUUCGCGCAAGUUUGCAGCCAGAGUUGAACGAAACCCUGACGUUCGAUGUAACGUACAAUCAACUGGACAUCGUACAAUUUCUCGUGGUGCUGUGUAGCAAGAACCUACCUGCCGACGUCCGUACGAUCGGUAUGGAUCAUCCGAGCGACAGCGAGGACUCGGUAAACGCGAGCUAUAAGUCGAAAGACGUUCACAUCGGCAAAGUUGCUCUCGGGAAAGGAGUCAGAGGGCCAACGGAGAGAUUGCAUUGGUUCUCCGUGCUCCAAAAUCCUAGAAAACUCGUUACCGUGUGGCACGUAUUGAAAUAGCGGCCACGAGCGCAUGAUUUUCUACAUAUGUAUAACGAAUAAUCGGAGCUUUAUCGCGAUUGAAAUUGUACGAAAUGUUCGAAUAACAGGGAUUGGGUAGUUAAUCGGUUGUCGGCGAAAAUGAUUCUAUUUCCGAUAAUACUUGACAAUUUUACGAUACAACGAUAAUUAUAGGUAUAACUUGAUGUCAGCGAAUACAACUUGAACCAAAGAUGGCAAAUCUUAUAAGUAUUUAUAUAAUUCCGUUAAUAUUGUACAUCGAAUAUUAUUUAAAACGUGACAAAGUGAAUAGCGCGUUGAAAAUAUAUUUACUUUGUACUUGUUG